AUGUGUGUGUGUGUGUUGGGCCUCCCAAACGGGCCACGUGGUGGAUGCACUGGACCAACAAGGGGGACGUAUCGGAGUCUGGUAGGCGGCAUAAGUCUCAUCGACGUUUCUGCGAAGAUCUUCGCUAUUGUCCUACUCAGGCGAUUCCAGGCUGUGCGCGACUCAAGGACGAGGCCCAACCAAGCCGGAUUUCGUGCUGGACGUGGGUGCGCAGAUCAGAUAUUCACACUGAGGCGCAUUCUCGAAUUUCGCCUUAGCUACCAACAACCGACGGCCGUCUGCUUCGUUGACUUUGCCGCCGCGUUCGAUUCCCUUCACCGUGAGUCCCUGUGGCGGAUAAUGGCGCUAGAUGGUGUACUGGCAAAAAUAAUCGCCAUGAUCAAGGCCUACUAUCGCUCCACUACUGCGAGAGUCCUGGUCCGUAACAAUCUUUCCCAACCGUUCGGUAUUCGGUCAGGCGUCCGACAGGGUUGUAUCCUGUCACCCAUACCGUUCAACUACGCUAUUGACUGGAUCCUCGGGAGGGCCCUACGCGACAGUGACGGCGUUGAAUUUGCAUCCGGACAUCGACUGACUGAUCUGGACUAUGCCGUUGAUAUCGCCUUACUUGCGUCAAGUUUUGGUGAUCUGCAGUCUAUGGUGUCACGGGAGAACGAGCUAAAUCAGUCGGUUUGUCCAUAA